GUUCGAAUGAAAAUUACAUCGUUUUGAGCUAUUGACUUGUAUUGAAUACAAUUGUCUAAUUAAAGUCUGCUCCCAUAUCAUAUGAUAGAAACAUGCUGAAUACAUGCUACCGUGAGGUCAAUGCACGCCACAAAACGGUAGAACACUAGAAUUUUCGUGAUAUAUACUUUAUGAUGGAUAAGUCUCGAAUAGAAGUAAAACGCUAUAUUUCAGUAUGUGUUGGUAUCUUUGGACUCGUAUUUUAUGGAAUCAUACUUGGUUUCAACAUCUAUGCCGUUGCUCUUAAAGAAACGUUCAACUAUACACAAACGGAAUUGGAGUACAUCGCCGCAAGCGGUAUUGUGGGAUCCGAGAUAACUUCGUACCUUACCGGUAUAGCCGUUGACAGAUUUGGGCCUCGCUCAACAUGCGUUGUAGCUGCUAUACUUAGUUCAUCUUGUUUCGCAUUGAUGUGGAUGGCAACGAAGUUCAUAUCGUUCUUUGCAUCGCGGAGCUGGAUUAUGUGCUUGAUAUACUUCAUGGCCGCUAGCGGGUGCUGCAUGAAUUUUCUGGCGUGCAUGGCACCGAUAUCCCUUAACUUUAAAGAGAAUCAUCGUGGUAAAAUAGUUGGGUUUGCGAGUGCUACGAUUGGCGCUAGUCCCCUUAUAUUCACUGCUAUAUAUCAGGGAUUCUUCGUGCAGGGGCAUGUAACUGACGAACAGAAUCAACAUAUUGGUGAUUUCUUUGUUCUGCUGUCCAUAUGGGCAGCAUGUGCAUAUUCUCUUUGCGCAGCAUUUCUUAAAAUAAUUCCCCCAGAAGACACUUCUAUAGCUCUAUAUCUCAAAGGUGAAGGAAAGGAUCCAAGUCCGUGCAAUGACCAAAAUGAUGCGACAAACAUAGAAACUAAUAUUGACCAUGCUAUUGCGAACCUUGUAAAUGCAAAUGAAGGUAAUGAAACUAAUCAAAAUGAUAACAAAUUAAACGACAAGACUCCAUUAUUUCAAAAGGACUCUGAUUCCAAAAACAAUAAACCAGAUAGUUUCAACUGCAAAGAUAUCACAUGUUUUCAGAUGAUGAAAACAUUGAAGUUCCAUUUACUGCUCUGGAUAGCAAUAUUAAUUAGAGGCAUAGGAUGGACAUUUGCUGCAAACAUCACAACAAUGGCAAAGUCUGCACAUCUCGAGACAGCAUCAGCUAUAUUAUUAAUGAUCAUUCCAAUUGCUAAUACACUUUCAAGGUUUUUCGUUGGGUUUAUUCCGGAUGUUCUCAAGCAGAGGUUUACAUGGAUUCCACUUUCAUCAUCACUGUUGGUUGCAUCUUUGCUAAUGAUGAUGGGCCAAACUAUUCUAAUAUUCUUUAAUCAACAUUUAGCAGCCUUGGUGUGUUUUUGUGUAAUGUCUAGCAUAUCAUGUGGAUUUAUAUCUACAUUAGUGCCCAUUUUUAUCAUAGAGCUGUUUGGAAUGAAGGAAUUUUCACAGAAGCUAGGAUUGGUUUUUACAUUAGUCGGGAUUGUCGCGUUUCCAUUUGCAAAAAUCUUUGGUGUGAUUUAUGAGCAAAACAGUCCCCCGAGUUCUAAUGAUUGUUUUGGAGUACAUUGUUCAAGAUGGACAUACGUCUCCAUGGCUAUUCUAUCUUUUCUUUCCGUUGCACUAAGUGCAGCAUUGAUGAAGGCAGAACAUAAAAAACACUCAUCCUGAUGAUUGAAAGUAAAACUUUGAUAUGUAUUAAUCACAGGGAUUGGAUAUCAGAUAAUAUGUUCGUUUGUUUUGUUUGUUUUUUAUUAUGUCACCACCAAAAAGUGGUGACAUAUUUUGGUGGUCUCAGUUUUUUUUGACGGCGGUUGGUGAUCGGCCGAUCGGCGGUUGGCGAUCGGGGUCCAUAAUAAAUUCUUUCAACUUCCAAUAACUUACAAAUAUUGCUUUGACUGACUUCAUUUUUUUUCAAAAUCAUCUUUCAGAAGUUCAAAUCUGACUUUAUAUUUAAGAUUUGACCUUCAAUGGCCUUUUAAAGGUUAAAAAGGUCAAAAAGGUAUUUUUUCAACUUGCUUCAAAU